AAAGAGCAGUUGGCGGAGAAAGUCACGUUAUGCAAUGGAAGUCAAUGAUUGACGUUUUCAAGUUCAAGUCUGUGCGAAAAUUAACAAGCAUUCCUCUGCUUUCAACGACACAUGAAGUAUCUAAGAAAGGGUUGACAAAGAAGUUGGCUCGUAUUCGGAGUGCGGAAGAUAGUAUUGAUAUUGGAGCUAUUGCUACGAAACCCUCUUGGAGGAACUUCGAUUACGCAGAGCUCGCAGCUGCAACUCGUGAUUUCAGUUCUGAGAACUUGGUUGGGAAAGGUGGUCAUGCUGAAGUAUACAAAGGAUACUUAUCCGAUGGUCAAGUUGUAGCAAUAAAGAGGUUAAUGAAGAACGAAAAGGAUGCAGGGGACAGAGCUUGUGAUUUCUUGACAGAGCUUGGGAUUAUUGCACACAUAAACCACCCAAAUGCAUCACGCCUUGUUGGGUUUGGGAUCGAUCAUGGCCUCUACUUUGUCCUAGAAUUUGCUUCACAUGGCAGCCUUGCUUCUUUGCUUUUUGGUUCUGAAUGCUUGUGUUGGAAGAUAAGGUUCAAGGUAGCUAUUGGGGUAGCAGAGGGAUUGCAGUAUCUCCAUCAAGAUUGCCCAAAAAGAAUCAUUCACAGGGACAUCAAAGCCUCCAACAUAUUACUCGGCCAAAACUAUGAAGCUGAGGAAAAUAAUUCGUUCUGUUAUGAACUUCAGAUUUCAGAUUUUGGACUGGCCAAGUGGCUCCCAAAUAAGUGGAUCCACCAUGUUGUCUUCCCAAUAGAAGGCACAUUUGGGUAUUUGGCUCCGGAGUACUUUAUGCAUGGACUUGUGGACGAGAAGACUGAUGUAUUCGCAUUUGGGGUUUUGUUAUUGGAACUCAUAACAGGUCGUCGUGCAGUUGAUUCAAAUAGCAAGCAAAGUCUUGUGAUAUGGGCCAAGCCACUGCUGGAUGCAAACAAUGUAAAGGAAAUAGCAGACCCCAGAUUAGAAGGGGAAUAUGAUCCUACUGAAAUGAGGCGUGCCAUGAUGAUAGCUUCCAUGUGUGUCCACCAUGCAUCCUCCAAGCGACCAUACAUGAAUCAGGUUGUGCCGCUACUAAAGGGUGAAGAGGCAACUAUAGACCCCAAGCAAAUUUCAGUUGCACCAAAAUCUCUCAUGUUAGAGGCAUGUGACUUGGAAGAUUAUACAUGCUCUAAUUACUUGAAGGACCUGAACCGCCAUAGGCAACUAAUCCUGGAGUGAUCCAUGGUUAGUCAUGCUUGCUGUCUACUGCAUUGUGGGAUUUCUUGUUUUCCCCAUGUAUAUCUAUUGAAGGCUAUGGAAUGAUCUUUGUUGCAGUGUGUGUUUUCUUCAAGCUUAGUAGGCUGUAAUAUAGGAAGAACUUGUAGGGAGCAUCAGUCAAGAAGCAAAUCAUAGUUUUAGCUUUGGGUAUUGAGGCCCGAGAACAACUAUUUCUCAAGCAACAAUGUAAUGUAGAAAUGAUGCGCC